AUGCCGAUUUCGUUCGCCAACUCCAAUGGAAGUCAUUCGCCCACUAAUAAUCACAUAAGUGGCAAACAAUCGCUAUCUCCUUCGCCUCCCGGUGCUCAUAUGACUUCACGCACUCAUUCAAACCCCAGUGAUUCAGUUUCGAGUGUUCGGCAAAUUAGUAAAUUGAAGCGAUUUCUGACGACUUUGUAUCACUUCGCUCACGACAUCUCUCCAGAAGUCGGCGAUAGAGUUAAGGCACUGGUCGUCGCACUUGUCAAUUCGACGAUAAGUACUGAAGAAUUUCAUCAGAAGAUCCAAGAGAUAACAAACUAUCCUUUGAGACCAUAUGUCAUACCGUUUCUCAAACUUCAUCUGCCGAUCCUUCAGACAGAUAUCGUGCACUUCGCACGACUGGCCAAAACAAGUCCCUCACAGUAUCUCAGAGAACAUGAAUCCCUAAUAUUAGACUCAAGCCCUCAAUCGACUUCCCUGUCAGUGGGCGAGCCCUUCGAGAUAUUCCAACGAAAUGAACCCCAAAAAGAGGUUCAAAACAAAAGACGUACGUCUCCUGAAAUUCUAAUCAAAGAGAAUGGAUUUAACGAUUCAACGGUUGACAGAGAUUCUGGUCCUCCGCCCCCUAAAAGACAUCAGCCAUUACUCAGCCCCACAUUAGGCACCCGUUUAAGUCCGGCCGGUUUGGCGCCGUUGUUACUGCAUUCAGGCGGUCAUCACUCGCACCACAUGUCGAACCCGUCUAUAUUGCACUCACAUCUGUCCACUUCUGGCAGAUCCAUGUUUGACGACCACAACACUGGCAGCGCUUCGGCUCUCUUUCAUAACUCGAGUAAUAACAGAGAAAAUACAAUAAACGGAAGAAAUCAUUCAUCGCAUCCAUCGGCUGAGCACUCGAGUGACAGAUAUUCUUCAGUCGCCGAAAGGUUUGAGAGGGAGUACUGCAGACCUAGUGUUGGCCUAUACUCUCAAAUACAUAGGGAUUAUAACGAUGACAGGGAUAUGGAGGAGGAGUGGAAGAAUAUUAACACUAUGUUGAAUUGCAUUCUGGGAAUGGUUGAGAAGACUAAGAGAGCACUGGCUAUUCUGCAGCAUAGGAGUGAAUCCAGAGUUACAGAAUAUAGUGGUAAUACUGGCCUCUGGAAUAUGCCAUCCCUUCGCACCCGACAUUUUAGUCCAUUAGACGUUUCGCAUUCGUCUCACUCAUCGCACGAAUUUCAUGACAUUAAGAAACCGCGAAUCGAUGGCCUUCUGUCCAACCAUUUCCAAAAGACAGCCCUCUCUGAGAUCGACAGAAUCGCUGACAUUCGCCGCAUUCCCGGCACUCAUAAACAAUUGGAGGAAGCCGUAAAUGAAGUGAAACGUCAAGCGGUGGUUGAGUUGCAGAAAGCGGUAUCGGCGGCGGAGACCAAAGCGACUGAAUUGGUUGCCGCCGAACGCAUCAAAAUGGAGAAACUGGUGACCGAUGCGCGACGACAGGCCGCUGAAGAGGCACUGGUGGCCAUCACCCAUCAGGACGACUCCACUGAAAACUGUUGGAAUUGUGGCCGAAAAGCGAGUGAGACGUGCAGUGGAUGUAAUUCUGCCCGAUAUUGCGGUUCAUUCUGUCAGCACAAGGAUUGGGAGAAUCACCACAGAGUGUGUCAGAACACUGUCACCAAUGGCUCCAACGGAUCGCUAACACAGUCGUCGAGUUGUGUGGAGAAGACGAGCAAAAGCCGGAGUCCAACACCUGCUUCUGCCUCUGCCUCCAAUGCCUCCAAUAGUUGUGGAAGUGUUGGCAAUAAGAGCACUCCAUCUGCUCCUACUGUCAGUGCAGGUGAUGUCAGGGAUAAUAAGAUAAAAAACGAAUAA